AUGACAUAUUCCGCAGUCACCACAUCCCAAGGAGCGGAGAGUCAAAUCUGGUCGGUACCGGGGACCGAGGAGUCAGCUGACAGCGAGAAGGACGUCUUUGGGAUGAAAAUGUUCACACUGCCCAUCAAGUGUGGCGUACAACCGGAUGGUGCAAGCCAAGCUCCUACAUCAGAAGGCGCCCAGCGCAAAUCUUUCGCUUUGUUAGUGCGGUACAGCCAGGGUACAGCGCACGGCAUGAACGUCAAGCAAGGGACGAGAAGCAUGUGCAAGGCGGGCUGCUAUAAUCUCUUCGCAGGCUGGGGUACAUUGGGCUAUGGUACAUCAGUGCAGUAUUCGUAA